UUUUUUCAUUUUGUGGAAGGUUGAAAAACAAUCCUCGGUAUACAGUACAAAACUUUAUUUUUCCCAAACACUAGACUGUUGCCUCAAUUUAAAGCAGAAGAAGUAGAAAAAGGAAGAGACUAGAAUUUUGUAGAGAAAGCAGAGAGAGAGACGGAGAGAAUGGAGAAGGGAUCUAAGGUGAGAUGUCAGAGAAUAGGGUGUGAUGCAAUGUUCACUGAGGAUCAAAAUACUGAAGAUUCUUGUACAUAUCAUGCAUCUGGGCCAAUAUUUCACGAUGGUACGAAAGAGUGGAGCUGCUGCAAGCAAAGGAGUCACGAUUUCAGCUUAUUUUUAGCGCUUCCAGGAUGCAAGACAGGUAAGCAUACAACGGAAAAACCCGUGAUUGUAAAAGCUGCACCGAAGAAGCCAGUUCCCUUUGUUGCUCCAGCAAGCACUACCUCAUCAAAGCUGGAUUGUUCAAGAUGCCGACAGGGCUUCUUUUGCUCAGAACAUGGUUCACAAGCUAAAGCAAACACAACUAUGCCUACUUCUCCUAUCCUCCCCAAGUGCAGUACCGACGUUCAGGAAGUCACACCCCCUCCUGCAAAAAAGAUAAUCAACAUUAAUGAACCUCAGACUUGCAGGAACAAAGGAUGUGGCAGAACCUUCAAAGAAAAGGACAACAGUGAUGAUGCAUGUAGUUACCACCCUGGUCCUGCCGUUUUCCACGACAGGAUGAGAGGGUGGAAAUGCUGCGAUGUUCAUGUGAAGGAGUUCGAUGAGUUCAUGGAAAUACCUCCAUGUACAAAGGGGUGGCAUAGUUCAGAUCCAAUUUCUUAACAGGCAUUCACGCAGAGAUGAUUCGUGAACAAGAAGAUAUUGUAAGUUUAUCUCUUGAUUUAGAUUAAUUAUAGGUCGAGGUUGCAGUUCCUGCUGGCGCUUAUAGAGGAUAAUCCAUCUAUGUCGUGUCUAAUUGUAUUUCACGAGCUUUCCUAUCUUCUAAUUUUUUUUAAGAGAAGUUUAUAAAAUUAUGAGGGUUGGUUAUUUGAAAUGUGGACAAUUACUUUUAAACUACAUUGGAAAGAAAUACACAACAUCUAAGAUA